GAGUGGGAAACUGCAGGGGAAGAGAGAGAUGAAACAGAAGGGAAGGCGGAGGAGGAGGGAGAGGGAGAAGCAGCAAAAGGAAAAAGGAGAUCAAUAAAAAGAAGUCAGAUUUGGUUGAAACCUCAAGGGCUCCUCAGACCAGUCCUCUGUCUGAUGGCUUUUAUGAAAAAAUACCUCCUCCCCAUUCUGGGGGUCUUCCUGGCCUACCACUACUAUUCUGCAAAUGAGGAAUUCAGACCAGAGAUGCUCCAAGGAAAGAAAGUGAUUGUCACAGGGGCCAGCAAGGGGAUUGGAGAAGCAAUGGCUUAUCAGCUGGCAAAGAUGGGGGCCCACCUGGUGGUGACAGCGAGGUCAAAAGAAACUCUAAAGAAGGUAGUAUCCCACUGCCUGGAGCUCGGAGCGGCCUCAGCGCACUACAUCGCUGGCACCAUGGAGAAUAUGACCUUCGCAGAGCAAUUUGUUGCCAAAGCUGGAAAGCUCAUGGGGGGACUAGACAUGCUCAUUCUCAACCACAUCACCAACACGUCUCUGACUCUAUUCAGUGACGACAUACACUUGGUGCGCAGAAGCAUGGAGGUCAACUUCCUCAGUUAUGUGGUCCUGAGCGCUGCUGCCUUGCCCAUGCUGAAGCAGAGCAAUGGAAGCAUUGUAGUUGUCUCCUCAAAGGCUGGGAAAAUGGCUAAUCCACUUAUUGCUCCUUAUUCGGCAAGCAAGUUUGCUCUGGACGGGUUCUUCUCCUCCAUCAGGAAGGAGUAUUCAGUGACCAACGUCAACGUGUCAAUCACUCUCUGCAUCCUUGGCCUCAUAAACACAGACACAGCCAUGAAGGCAGUUGAUGGAAUAUUAAACAUGGAUGCAUCUCCAAAGGAAGAAUGUGCCCUGGAAAUCAUCAAGGGGGCAGCUCUCCGCCAAGAUGAAGUAUAUUAUGACAACUCAAUCUGGACAGCUCUCCUGCUGGGAAAUCCAGGGAGGAAGAUCUUGGAAUCUAUCACCUUAAGAUAUUAUAAUGUGGACAAGUUAAUAAAGAACUAGGCACUUCUUGGGGCAGGGCAAGGUAAGGGAGCUUAGGGUUGUCCUACCUGAUAUUUAUCUGAGCAUCAUCCAUGAAGGCAUCUCCCCAGAGAGAUAAAUGCCCUCAGAGAGUUGCAAGUCAUGUGUCACAUCUCACUAUUUGAGAGAACUCCUCUAACGCUUGCACAGUGGAAAUGUAAUUAUCAUGAAUGUCAUGAACUGCAGCAUCCUGCAGUUGUGAAACUGAAAGUAACCAUAAUUACAAAGUAGUUAUAUCAAAUUCACCUCAUAUAUAGUCAUGUCAAGAUGAUUAAUACAAUAUUAAUUAUAAUAAAGAUCACAUAAACUUUAUAAAUUCAUAA